AUGAGGGUAUUGAACAAGACUUCUUCAAACAACACAACAAACAUCAACAACGAUGUAAUCUAUCAAUACUUGGAUGGACUUGUCAACAGACUUGCUGGCAUCAAUGAAGCAUCAUCAUCGCCAAUCUUAUCAAGCAAUGUUAUACGAAUACGUUUGAUCAACUACAUAUUGGACAGACUGUCAAGGACAAAGUCAAAUACUGAACAGAUAUACAACAAGUUGAUGUCUAUCUCGCAUAGCAUUGAUGACCCUGUCGUCUUGAGAAAGAUGGCCAAGUUCUCAAAUCGGGUAAUGGUCGACGUGUAUGAACGAGGAAUCAAAGACAAGACCAUCGAGUUGCUCAGCGAUACAGACAAGUUCAUUCAAGACAUUACAGAAUCAUUCAAUAUUGAUUAUGUAUUGGACAAUAAUGACGAUGGUGAUAAUGGUCCAAUCGAGCCAAGUAUAAUGAGGAUGAUCAUCAACAACAAAGAACAAAGUAACAUUAUACUAUCAAGAUAUAAUAACAAGCAACUGGAUGAAAUCAUGCGUGAGAUGGUACUCCUGGCGCGAUGUCCAAACAUAUCCUCCGUCAUUAAUCUCAAGCAUCACAGUCAUCUGGCAAUCAAUCCAAAGUAA